ACAGCAAUUUCCCAGGUGUCUGCAAGAAAAAGGGCUGUGACAGGUUGUUAAUUUCCAUUUGUGUUCUUGGCUCAUAAAGAUGGCACACCUACCAGAAUGAGUAUUCUGUCUGCAUUGGAGAAUCAAGUAGAGGUGGUCUGACCGGAUUUAAAGGGUGGGAGAAAUAUGGGGGGAAAGUUGAGUUCUUGAGAGGGACAGAUCCCUUUGAUUUGGUUGGGAAAGCAAGGGAGGGGAGGAAGGUGGUAGCCAUUGAGGUGGUGGCAGGCAUUUUUUGCCGGCCGUCGCCGCCCUUUGGCUUUCACCUUCCUCUUGCUCCAUUCUCCUCCUCUUCUCUCGCUUCUCCCACCACCAUUAACAGGAGUGGCUACUAUCUCUGCACGAGUCUGGAUCCAUGGCGGCGGUGCUGGACUCCUUCGUGAAGCGAUGCACGGCGGCGCUGGAGGACUUCGCCGGGCAGGAGGCCUGCGCCGCCCUGGGCAUCAGGGACAACGUGAGGGGCCUCCUGGCCACGCUCGCACGCAUCGACGCCAUUGUCGCCCAUGAGGAGCAGAGGAGGGUCCUGAGCUCCAGGGCGGACACAUGGGUGGCGCAGCUCAAGGACGCCAUGUACGAGAUCGACGACGUGCUCGACGUCUGCGCCGCCGAGGGCGCCAAGAUCCUCGCCGAGGACCACCCGCCGGCGCCCAAGGUGCGCUGCGCCUUCAUGUUCUCCUGCUUCAGGUCUUCGGGGCCCCAGAAGUUCCACCAUGAGAUUGGGUUCACCAUCAGGGACAUCGACAUCAGGCUCAGGGAGAUCGAGGAUGAAAUGCCCACACCCCCUGCUGGAUCAGUGAACCCUGGCUCAAAGAGGGACUGGUUCUUCAGUGAUGAUAAUCACUUCUGCAGGAGUUGUUCCGACGCGGCGAAGCCUCGUGCGAUAGGGACGCAGGUCCAGAAGUCUGUGGGUGGCCUUGUGCCAAGGAUGCUUAGAGAGGGCAAGAAGAAGGUGGAUCUGUUCGCCGUUGUCGGCGCGGCGGGCAUCGGCAAGACCAUGCUUGCCAGGGAGAUAUACACUGAUGAGAGAAUGACUGAAAACUUCCCGAUCUGCAUGUGGGUGAGGAUGUCGAAGGAUCUGUCCGAGUUAGCUUUCUUGAAGAAGAUCAUCACAGGUGCCGGUGUAAAUGUUGGGGAUACAGAGAACAAGGAGGAGCUCCUCGGUCUACUCAGUUCUGCUCUCUCGAAGAGGUUUCUUAUUAUCUUAGAUGACCUGGACAGCCCGGCUAUAUGGGAUGAUCUGCUCAAAGAUCCACUGGGAGAUGGUGUGGCCAGAGGCAGAAUACUGAUCACGACACGGGAUGAGGAAGUGGCAACAAGCUUGAAUGCAAUCGUCCACCAUGUUGACAAAAUGGACACAGAGAAUAGCUGGGCAUUGUUGCGGGAACAGGUUCUUCCAGAAUGCAGCUCAGAAGAGAUUGAAGCACUGGAGGAUGUUGGGAUUAAGAUCGCAGAGAAAUGUGAAGGCCAUCCUCUAGCAAUCAAGGUCAUUGCGGGUGUCCUAAGGUCAAGAGGCACGAGCAAGGCUGAGUGGGAGAUGGUUCUGAAAAGUGAUGCUUGGUCCAUGCGACCGUUCCUUCAAGAAGUGCCGCAAGCUCUCUACUUGAGCUAUGUUGAUCUGCCUUCUAAACUAAAAGAAUGCUUCCUCCAUUGCUCUCUGUAUCCAGAAGAAUGCCCCAUUCGGCGCUUCGAUCUUGUUCGGCAUUGGAUUGCUGAAAGCCUUGUAGAUGCCAGCGAAAACAAGUCACUGGAAGAAUCAGCAGAAGUGUACUAUGCUGAAUUGAUAGGCAGAAACUUGUUAAAACCAGAUCCUGAUAACCUUGAUCAGUGCUGGAUAACGCAUGAUCUUCUCCGCUCACUAGCCCGAUUUCUGAUAACAGAUGAGAGUAUCUUAAUUGAUGGCCAGCAGAGUGCAAGCAUGUGCCCAUUCUCUUCCUUGUCAAAGCCUCGGCAUCUUGCAUUGUGUAACAUGGAGAACAGCUUGGAGGAUCCAAUUUCAGUGAAGCAGCAGAUGAGUCUAAGAUCACUGAUGCUCUUCAACAGCCCAAACGUCAGAGUAAUAGAUGAUCUUCUUCUCGAGUCAGCCCCGUGCUUGCGGGUCCUGGAUUUGAGCAAGACAGCAAUAGAGGCCCUCCCAAAAUCCAUUGGUAAAUUGCUACAUCUGAGGUACCUCAAUCUUGAUGGAACUCAGGUCAGAGAAAUACCAUCUUCCGUCGGCUUUCUCGUCAAUUUGCAGACCUUGAGCCUUCAAGGCUGCCAAGGAUUGCAGAGACUUCCUUGGUCCAUCAGUGCACUGCAAGAACUUAGAUGCCUCCAUCUCGAGGGAACUUCCCUACGCUAUGUACCAAAGGGUGUGGGUGAAUUGAGGCAUCUUAACCAUCUGUCUGGUCUAAUCAUUGGUAACGACAACAAUGACCGUGGGGGUUGUGACUUAGAUGACCUUAAAGCAUUGUCAGAAUUGAGGCUCCUUCAUAUAGAGAGACUUGAUAGGGCUACUACUUCAGGAGCUGCAGCACUUGCAAACAAGCCAUUCCUGAAGGUUCUACACCUCUCCGAGCAAGCACCGUUAAUAGAAGAAGAAGAGGGGAACCAAGAGGGAACAGAGAAGGAAAAACAUGAAGCAGUAGUUGAUUCAGCCAAAGUGAGUGAAAAGAUAUGGAAUGAGCUCACUCCACCCCCGAGCAUCGAGAAUCUGGUAAUCAAGAACUACAAAGGUCGAAAGUUUCCGAACUGGAUGACGGGUCCCAAGCUAAGCACCUCCUUCCCCAACCUUGUGUCCUUGGAUCUUGACAACUGCAUGUCAUGCACCACACUGCCUGCGCUUGGCCGCCUGAACCAGCUUCAAUCCCUGCAAAUCUCAAAUGCAGACUCCAUUGUCACGAUUGGUUCUGAAUUCCUUGGUACGACUGUUAUGUCAAAAGCCACUUCUUUCCCCAAGCUGGAGGUUUUAAAGCUAAAAAACAUGAAGAAACUGGAGAACUGGUCUUUAACUGCGGAAGAGAGCCAGACAUUGUUGCCUUGUCUUAAGUCACUGCACAUACAGUUUUGCACUAAACUUAAAGGCCUACCGGAAGGUCUAAAGCAUGUUGCUCUGAGUGACCUUCGUAUCGAUGGUGCACAUAGCCUAACAGAGAUAAAGGACCUGCCAAAACUAUCUGAUGAGCUCCAUCUGAAAGAUAACAGGGCACUUCUGAGGAUUUCCAACUUGCCCAUGCUUCAGUCUCUAACAAUUGACGACUGCUCAAAGCUGAAGCAUGUGUCAGGCCUUGACACAGUGGAGCAUCUCAGACUGGUGUUUCCCCCAUCGACAGAGACAUUCUUUUUUGAAGAGUUGGUCAUCUUCUGGAGUAUUGCAUUCCCACGGUGGCUGGAGCUGCUGAUCCAUAAGCGCAAUGCCCUGCGUCGGUUCGAGCUAGAAUGCACACUCCCUUUACUCAGAAGCUGCCUGGAUGGUGGCAAGAACUGGCACGUUGUGCAGCAGAUCCCCGAGGUACGCAUCACGAGCACUGAUGGCAAGAGGUACAUACGGUACAACAAGGGCCGCCGGAUGUAUGAGACAAAUGCUCAGUCUGAAGAAUGAAGGCUUUCUGAAAAUCUUGCCACUUGUUUGAUUUGUUAGAGGGACAUGUUUCUGCCAACACGUCCUGACUGCUCCAGGAGUUUGUGAUUACAUACAUUGCGGGAGUUGUGUAAUUAUCAUUCAGUUGAUAUAUACGCUAGAAACUGUAUGAUGCUUUGAUGAGACCUGAGGAUGAGUAGGGUACUUUCGGUGAAUCAGUCAGCAGAUGCUCUUUUUCCCCCUUUCCCAAAACUGACAACGGCUUUGAUCCUUCACCAGGACUCAAUGUGUGUAAUUCUUCUGUUUCCUGGUUACACCGAUUUGUAAAUUGUAAACACUGAGCUUGAUGGAUUUUGAUGAGUAUAAAGUAUUGCCACUUGUGUACAUGGAAUUUUUUUUCA